UCCUCUGUGAUGGGCAUCUAUGAUGUUGGGCUGUCUGGCCCUGCCUUGUUGCGGAAUGUCUCUUCUCUUCUCUGUGCGUCGGCGGGGAAGGGGGGGCCGAUGGCCUCGAUCAACAGUUCUCCCGGCAAGUAUGGAGUAGGGUUCCGUCACAGUCUAUAAACCAUGUCCACAUGUAGUCGUCAAAUAUGGGUGAGACCGGCAGCGCCUCUAGAGUCAUUGGCUUUGUGGCUGCUGCUGCUGCUGCUGUUGCUGCUGCUGCUCGGGUGCGUCGUGCGUCCGUGUCGGUGCUGGCUGAACUCUAUCUCGAAUGGGGGAAUUGCGGGGGAGGGAACGUAGGAAUCACAAGCCUCGAAAUUUCCAUUAGGCAAAGGAGGGGAAUUCGCAGAGAGGCGAGAACUCAAAAAACGAGCAGGCGGGCGUUGGCUCAUGGUUCCCGUUUGCUUGUGAUAACGCCCCCUUCUCUUCCUCCCCUUUCCGCUCCCCUUUUCCUUUCCCUGUUGCCGGGCUCCUGGAGGCUGAAGCCAUCACCUCGCCGUACCUCGCGCGUCGUUGAUGCAGCGAGGUACUUGGUACUCGAUACUUGGUGCCUGUGCUGCUUGGCCUCCCACCCCGCGGUACACGUGACUAUGUACCUAAUGCACUUGAUCCAUUAAUCGUUGACAUAGGGCUGGGGAACUAGGAAAGAGCUAGCCGUCUAGGUACCAAGGCAACCAGAUAC